UCACCAAAAUACUUCCAUCUCCAUCCAUUCUUCUUCUGGAAACCGGAGCACAGUAUUAUGGAAAAGCUCAGGAACAAUUACAUCCUGCCUUGUAUUUACAGCUGUCCACAUCCUCAGGUUGUUUCCUCUGGUGUGGGAAGACCCAGAAUGGUUCUUGGUACCAGCGGGCAAUAUUAUAUCCUUUCCUCUCGUCUGUGCUGUAAAGCAUGCAAAAAAUACUGGUUCGCUGAUAAACCCCAGUGGCUAGACACGCUACCAAAGCGUUUUACGAACAUCUUGCCAGUGAUAGAUGAACUGCGGUGCUCUGGAAAAUCACCAAAUGAUAUGGCCAACCAGCUGUCUGAGGUGCUUCACCUGAAGUACGAAAGAGCCCACCUAGCCUACCUGCUCAGCGUGCAGAACACCAGGGAUGCUGAAGCAGGGCUGUAUGGACAGAGGACCAUCACUGGGGCACUGAGGAAGGAUGACACACCAGCACCGUUUGGGGGUUAUGAGGACACUGAUGGGUGGUAUGGGGUGUCUGUGACUGCACACUAUGUGGUGGAGUGUCUUCUUCAAGAAUAUCAGCGGCAGGAGGCAGCUCUCACUCAGGUCCUACAAGGCACUUUUGGACAGGUGUUCAGUUCAGAUCACACACGCAAAGUUGCUAGAAAAGUGACUCUCUCAUCUGGCACAAUGUCAUCCUACGCUGUGAUGAAUGAGAACUGGAUGAUCCUGUCCUGGGUGAUGCUGCAGUCUAAAAGUGAGCGGUCCUUAGAGUCAAUGUACUGUGGGCUGGCCAAUCACUACAGUGCUGCUGGCAUCCCCAAGACCAAGUACCAGUGGGUGGACAGGGACUGCGGUGCCGCUUUCAGAGUCAUGGACCCAGCACCUUAUGAGCACCUGCAGUGGGAUGCCUGGAGGACCACUGAAGCUAUCGUGGCAGAGCUUACCUCAGAGAACCUCAAGAAUUUGUGUGCCGCUUGCCUGAAAUGCAAUGAGAACAUCCCUGUUAAAUUGGACUUAUUUCACUGUAUGCAGUGGUUCACCAGGGAGUGUGUGUCGGAGCACCAUCCUCUGUAUAGCUCCUUCUGUCAGUUCCUCUCUGCUGCCUUCUCUGUAGUGGAUCAGAGCGACCUGGUGAAACUGAAUAAUGCAUACAUAUUCUGUGGUAUUGUGCCUGCUAAUCUCACCAAGCAGCACAUCAGACAGCACUGCAGGACAAAAGUGCCAAAUCCCAGAGAGCUGGUCCAGAGAGUGGAAGAAGUGCUUCAACAUUUCCACCUUGCUAAGGAUCCCAACAACAUCUUCCUUUUUAAACCCUCCAAUGCUAAAGGUGUGGUGGAUUCAGCGUGUACACAUCCUUAGAGGCUGCCUGAGUGACCCUGAGGUGGAGGAAGGAAUCCUCUACAGACACGGGGGAACCUUACAGCUCAAUCAUGUAAAGGGUGAUGGAGCUGCUGUUCCCAUUUGGAUCCCUGUCAGAGGCACCUCACAGCAGGAGGGGUUUCAUUUCCACCAGGCCCAGUGGGUAACAGGCAAUCGUGUCUCUCCUGAGCUGUUCCAGGCACAGGGAAUGGCUGGGGUGGCACGCUGGAAUUAUCAGCGGCUGGUGGACCUGAAGCAGCCUGGGGUCAUCCUACCUGAAGUGUUUGACCCUGUGUUAAUGAUGAAUUUAAACAGUGCCUCUGUGAGCGUGACAGGACAGCCCAAAUAUCCAGCCUUGCAUAUAUCCAGCAGGGACA